UAAGAAUUGUUAAUGUAUUUUUUGGCGAUUGGUGGGAAAUAUAGGAUCAUCAAUUGAAAGUUUUUACAUCCAUUUAGGUUGUUAUAUACUUGUAUUACAGUUACCGUUGUAAAUAGUAAAAGGGUGAAGGCAAUUGGAACUCCAAUGGAAAGAGAGUACUUCGUUAUCCCAGGCCACAUUGGGGGCAACAACCUUCUAAUAAUUUUGGUUUCUCAUUUUACUAACCUUUUAGUAAUAUUGGUAGAUCUACUAUCAGCGCCUUAAAUGAGCUAAAUCUUCCCAUUGUUUUCUCAAAUAAUCCAAGUUGUGCAUCCCAUGAUUCUUCCAUUUCUGCGCUGGUUCUCACACUUAUCAAUUGUUCAGCGAGUCUAAAAAGGCAGUACUUCAUCUUCAAUCUUGGUCUUGUUACAGAAAACUUGUUUCUUCCCAGAAUCUUCAGUCCACAUGCACUUUGGUAUCUAAGGUGAGAGACCAGCAUAACCCCAUUCAAACACAACUCCUUGAUCAGAUCUUGCAAGAUAAUCUUCUUCUUUAGCUCCUAUGAUAAGCUCUCUUCUGCUUGAGGCAAUGAGAUUGAAAUUUGCACGAAUAAAGUACUUCCAAUAACCUGAAUAAUGUGAACUGACUAAGCAGUGAUGCUGAAUCACAUGGUUUAAUGAGUGAAGGCUUGCUAAAUUGGAAAGCAAAAAGAAAAAGUAAUUUUCUAUAAUACUUCAAGCAUUGCUGAUGGAAUAUCUUUUUCUAUAAUGCUUCAAAGAUUGCUAAUGGUGCUUGAACAUGCAGGUGGAUAAUUCUCUUACUAUGUCUUCAUGUUUUAAAUCCCUGUUCCUGAUUAACUUCCUCUCUGAUACUGAGGAAAACAAGUGGCGACGAGGGGAAUUUCAAUUAAAAUAUAUUUAUGAAUCCAAAGAGAGAUUUGUUAAAAGGCUGACGAGCCAGCUAAAUUUAGAGGGCAUGCUGUUUUAGGCAUGAGGCCAAUAGCAUUCACACUUGGUUUAUUCAUCAACUUAAGCUUUGUAAGAGUCAGGAAUACGGAUCAUCUUUGGGGAAAAUUUUGAUGGAACCCGAAUCAAAAUGAUGCAAAGUCCUACAUGAUAAGAAGUGGAAGAGAAGCAAGGCUUUUCCCUAGAAGAAUAUUGGCUGAUUUAUGCUGUGAAAGGCAGGUUUGCUGAGCUAACUUUAGCUGUAUUCGUUACCCUAACCAUUUGGCGAUUUAUUAAACAAUGGACAGAAAAUGAAUGACUGAUAUGAUCUCAUGUGACUUAUCACAUGAGAAAUUAAGUUUAAUAUUUGGAGGGACUGUACAGAAGUCAGAGAAAUAUAAUACUCAAUUCAGUAUCACAUGAUCAGUUGCUUCCAAGUUCCAACCUAUUAAAGAAUAAAAGGACAAUCACUAAAAUAUUGAUAAAAUUAAGGAAUAAAUCUCCAUAGAAUAUGUCAUAAGGAAAACUUGUUACAGGGACAGACAUCAAUCAAGUAAUAAAUUUCUAUCAUUUUAAGCAUGCAUUAUAACUGAAUUCAUUUUGACCUGCUGUGAAAUUUUUUACUUUCCUCUGCCUGAAUUCCUUUCCAUAAUCUGUGUUUAGGGAUACCCUUUUCCAAUUAUUGCUGAUUCUGUUGGAUUGUUCUCAGAUCUACCCCUUUUAACAGUAAAUUAAGUUUGGUUACUGUAAAGCUCUGGGUUAUUUGUCUGUAGUGUCCUAACAAAGUCUAUUGGGAAUGUUAAGUAGCUUCUAUAUGUUACUCCUUGAGUAGACUUGAGUGCAAACUAUAUCUAAAUAACAUGCGCUGCCACCUUCCUUGAUAAGAUAUCAUCAUAUGUCCUGCCUCCAAAAUAUUACUGGUUUCUUCUUCUUUCCAUCAGAACAACAUGAGAACCACUAGAACUUUGGUUGUUCUUUUUGCCUUGAUUCUUAUUCAUAUUCUCAUGUCUUCUCUACUAUCUCUCCACCAUGAGAGAGAGAUCCACUCAGAUAGCAGAAAUCAACCAAGGAGACUGCUAGUGUCUGUCUCCUUAUCUUCAUCAAAUGAAGCCAAUUUAAAUGGAGCUAUUAAAGAUCCCCAGAAGGCUUUGGAGACAAGUUUGAGGAAGGCACCACCAAGCCUUUCAAACCCUACCCAGAACAAGCAACAUCAAUAGUAUUUCUGUAGAGAUCACAAAAAGAAAGAGAAACUCAUUCUCUUUCCAAAUUUUUGCAGUUCUUUUUUUUUCUUCCUUAUAGGUAGAACAAUUUCAUCCUAUGCAGCUCUUAUUUGUUGUUUUUGUUUUUACCUUUGCAUGUUAUGGAUCUGUAAUUUACCGCUCCUAGUUUUCCUCCAAGUCUCUGUCUUCAUAGUAAGUUAGGGAGGACAUUGAAGCUGUAUGUAUGGGAACCCUGUAAAGAUUAUGUUAGAGAUAUAAUCAGUUAUUCUAAAAAAUUCAUCAGUUUCUUGUCACUUGUCAGUAAUUCCAAGGCUAUAACUGUAGACUGAUUAUUACACCCUUCUUCUUUCUGCCUUGGAACUAAUUUUCUUUCUCUGAUUAGUUUUUUCAGAAAACGGAAAUUCCCUCUUGUACUUUAUUAUUUUUUUCAUAUGACCUCAUUGAAGAGCAAGGCAGUGAUGUAUGCUUUAAAUUAUUUUGGCAACAAAACAGAUAGAGGGCUGCAUAUGUUAAAUCUUCAAGAUUUUUUUGCCUCUUUAGAGUGUCCAUGUUCUCAAGUGCAUCAUCUUACUCACCAAUUUCAUUUUCUCCUAUUUCAGGUAUUUUCUAUUUAAUUUAUAGAGCAUGACAUCUUGACUGCUUUUAUGAAGGCUCUGUUUGGGAGAGGGAAAAUGGGAGGUAAACGAAGUGAACUAAGAUGUGGGCUUGCAUGGUUAGAAACAAACUUGUGGUUCACUUGUUCCUUUCCCUCUUUUUCAUUUCUCCCCAUUUCCUGCCCUCUCACAAACAAAUUGAACUAUUGACAUGCUCUUAACUUCUGACCCUGAUAGACAAAUACUGAUUUUAUCAUCUCCUCAGAUUAAACUGGACUAAUUUAUCACCAUGUGUGUGCCUUUGCACCCAAAUCUAAUCAACUGCCAUUUUCAAAAUGAUCCUUGAGAAUUUGACCUCAUGUGGCAUAACCAGAAAUGUUAACCAUGACUUCUUACCCUUGAUGAACGGUUGAACACAAUUGUAUUUUCAAAAUUAAGAGUACACUUGAGUUUUAACAACUUGAAUCUAUUCAUUUGAAUUGAAUUCUCAUUCCAAAGGGAGGGUAAGUGUUAAUUGGGAUUAAUGAGUUUAGGAUUUACGCUAGCAUAUUCCACCAAUGUGAGACAUGAAAAAUGAUGCUUCUUUUACAAAAUUGUUCAAGGCUGCAGAUGAAACACAACUGUAAACAACAGGAGUCCUUUUGGAAAUUUAAUUAUAGCUGUUUGCAUUUACUCCAUCAAGGACAAUUAUUGAGUGGAAAAAUGGGACCAUUGCAGUUUUCCUACUAUCUUUCUAGUCUUUUGAAAGAGACUUGGAAGAUGAAGAUUACUUCUCAUUUUUUGGUUUUAAGUAAUUUUUUCUGACAAAUGAUAGUCAGGUCCUCUGAAUCAGUGAAUUGUCUAUAAGCUACUCUAGAUAAGGAUACUAAUUAAUUACAACCCAACUCCUCCUCCCCCAUUUUUUCGCAAAUAUCUUCUCCUGCUUACUUUUCCUUCGACUCUGUGAAUCUAAAUGGUUCUGCAAAUGACUGUUCCCAUAUGUUGUCGUGUCCUAAUAGCAACAAUUCUGUUGCUUUUUUCAUCGGUUGCUCAAACUGUUGGAAAUUUUCCUGUGGGUUCAGCACUUACUGCAGUUGUUGGGGCCUCCCAAUGGCUUUCUCCUUCUGGGGAUUUUGCAUUUGGGUUUAAACAGCUUGAAAACAAGGAUUUCUUUCUACUCUCCAUCUGGUGUGAGAAUAUUCCUGAGAAAACCGUUGUUUGGUAUGCAAAUGGAGAUAAUCCUGCUCCAACUGGAUCAAAGGUAGAGUUGACUGCUGAUCACGGACUUGUCCUUAGAAAUCCUCUAGGUGAACAAAUUUGGAGCUCUAAUAUCACUGAUGGCCUAGUUUCCCAAGGUGUUAUGAGAGAUACUGGCAACUUUGUGCUUCAAAAUGCUAGUUCUGAUGAGUUAUGGCAGAGCUUUGACCAUCCUACGGACACAAUAUUACCUACUCAACAAAUUGAGAUUGGUGGAGUUCUCAUUUCUAGACUAACAGAGACAAACUUCUCACAGGGAAGGUUCCAGUUGCGUUUGCAAGAAGACGGAAAUCUUCUGCUUAAUCCCAUAAAUUUGGAGACCCAAUAUGCUUAUGAUGCAUACUACGUUAGCAGAACAUCUGAUACGAGAAAUUCUUCAAAUUCUGGUUAUGCAUUUGGUUUUAGCGAUUCAGGCGCUUUGUACAUAUUGAAAAGGAAUGGUGAUGCUAUACUUCUUACAACAGCGACUCAAUCGGCUGCAGACUUUUACCGGAGAGCAACUCUCAAUUUUGAUGGUGUUUUCGCUCAGUAUUCUUAUCCAAAAAGAUCCAUGGGAAGUGCAAAUUGGACCGUUAUUUGGGCUGAACCGGAAAAUAUUUGCACUGUAAUUAAUGGAACUUUGGGGAGUGGAGCUUGCGGAUACAACAGUAUAUGUAGCCUUGAUGAAAGGAGGAGGCCAGCCUGUGCCUGCCCAGAAGGGUUUUCUUUGCUUAAUCUGGAAGACGAGUAUGGAAGCUGCAAACCAGAUUAUGAAGUAGGCUGUGAAGAAGAUUGGCUUGGUCCCAUGGAAGAUUCGGUUGAUUUUGUUGUGCUUAACAACACCGAUUGGCCUUCUUCUGAUUAUGAGCUGCUCAGGCCUUACAGGGAGGAGGAAUGCAGAAAUUCUUGUUUGCAUGAUUGUCUGUGUGCAGUUGCAAUUUUUAGGGGCAGUAGCUGCUGGAAGAAGAAGCUACCCCUCUCGAAUGGAAGAUUCGAUAGAAGUAUUGAAGGGAAGGCUUUUGUCAAAAUUAAGAAAGACUAUUCUCUUACAGGAAAGAGGAAAAGCUGGAGGAUUGUAGUAGUCAUCACAGUGUGUGUUCUCUUGGGUAGCUCUAUGUUUAUCAACUUGGUGCUUUGUCUCAGGUAUUUCUUCUACCUGAAGAAACGCAGAGAAAAUGGCCAGGGACGAAUCUCUGUGGAAACAAGUGUGCAUUGUUUUACAUACAAAGAGCUUGCAAGAGCUACGAAUGAUUUCAAGCAAGAACUAGGAAGAGGGGCAUUUGGUGUUGUUUACAAGGGAGUUAUGCAAAUAGGAUCCGUUAGUGCAAUUGCUGUCAAAGAACUGGACAACAUGGUUCAAGAUGGUGAGAGAGAAUUCAACACUGAAGUACAUGUUAUUGGGCGGACACAGCACAAGAAUUUGGUACGAUUGAUAGGAUUUUGUGACGAGGGACAUCACCGAUUGCUGGUGUAUGAAUAUUUGAGCAAUGGCACCUUAGCACAAAUGAUCUUCGAGAAAUCAAAGCCUAGUUGGAGCCGAAGAACUGAAAUGGCCACAGGGAUUGCAAGUGGACUUCUGUACCUGCAUGAAGAAUGCGGCAACACCCCUAUCAUUCAUUGUGAUAUAAAGCCUCAGAAUAUACUAAUUGAUGAUAAUGGUAAUCCUCGAAUAUCAGACUUUGGAUUGGCAAAACUUUUGAGGAUGGAUCAGAGCCAAACUUCGACGGUGAUUAGAGGAACAAGAGGAUACAUUGCGCCAGAAUGGUUUAAGAGAACACCCAUCACUGUGAAAGUUGAUGUGUAUAGCUAUGGUGUCAUGUUGCUGGAAAUUGUGUAUUGUCGAAGACAUGUUUAUGUUGAAACUGAUGGGGAGGAGGCAAUUCUGAUUGAUUUGGCUUAUGAUUGCUAUAGGGAAGGAACAGUUCAUAUCUUGGUUGAAGAUGAUGCUGAUGCCAUGAAUGACCUAGAAAAACUAGAGAGGCUUGUGAAGAUUGCCAUUUGGUGUGUGCAAGAGGAUCCAUCUCUUAGACCAAGCAUGAAGAAGGUGUUGCAGAUGGUUGAAGGAGUUGUUGAAGUUCCUGUUCCCCCAAAUCCUCAUUGGUUUAGUGCUGAUUAUUGAAACCUUCUGCUAUGGCUUUUUGCAACUUCAUGUCAUUUUAUUUUAGAGUGUAAUCCUUGUGCUGUAUUUUGUGCGGGUGCAAAUAAGAAUUUAGUAAAAUUACACCCAAUACUUACAUUCAGGUUAAGAUUAAGCAUGCAGGCCAAGAGCCAUAAACCAUCUGGCGGAAUUCUAAAUUUUAUUUGAUCUUUC